AAAUAUGCAACUCCGCUGAACGUGUUCCAACACAGCACAGCACAGCACAAUGGCGCUUUCUUCACCCAAACACUUACCUCCAACACUCUUCUUCUUCCUUUUGUUUUUGCCGACUGUGUUCGGUGCCUCUCAUGGAAGCAGCAGCAACCCCGUGGGAUUCGAGUUUCUGAAGGUUUCGCCUUCUGAAUUUGCGGGGACAGUGAAAACUGUGGUUGAUGUGUUGCAAGAUGUGACCUCUAUUCUCUCUGAGUUCGGUUCUGGCUUCGGGGACUCGCUUCUUUCUAACGCCGUCUCUGAUUGUCUAGAUUUGCUUGACCUCUCCUCUGACGAACUUGAUUGGUCUGUCGCUGCUACACAGACUCCCCAAGGGAAGCAUAACAGCACAGGAAACCAAAGUUCAGAUUUGAGGACAUGGCUGAGUGCUGCACUUGCGAACCAAGACACAUGCAUGGACGGAUUCGACGGCACCAACGGCGUUGUGAAGGGUUUAGUGUCCACAGGGCUUGGCCAAGUGAUGUCAUUGCUGCAACAACUUCUUACACAGGUGAACCCCAUGUCGAACCAAUUCCCUUUCUCUCCCACAGUGGGGCAGUUUCCGUCGUGGGUUAAACCAGGGGACAGGAAGCUGCUCCAGGCAAAUGGGGUGGUCGUGGAUGCGGUGGUUUCCACCGAUGGCACCGGGGACUUCACCAAAAUCACCGAUGCAGUCUUGGCUGCGCCUAAUUACAGCAUGAAACGCUACGUGAUAUUCGUGAAGAGAGGGGUUUACCAUGAGAACGUUGAGAUCAAGAAGAAGAAGUGGAACCUCAUGAUGAUCGGAGAAGGCAUGAAUGUUACUGUUAUCACCGGGAACAGGAGCUUCGUCGACGGUUGGACAACGUUCCGGUCAGCAACUUUUGCUGUGAGUGGCAGAGGAUUCAUAGCACGAGACAUUACCUUCCAGAACACAGCAGGAGCAGUGAAGCACCAAGCUGUGGCACUGAGAUCAGACUCUGACCUCUCUGUAUUCUUCCGAUGUGGGAUUUCCGGUUACCAAGACAGCCUCUAUACUCACACCAUGCGCCAAUUCUACAGAGAAUGCAGAAUCAGUGGAACCGUGGAUUUCAUAUUUGGUGAUGCCACUGCAAUUUUCCAAAACUGCCUCAUAGAGGUAAAAAAAGGGUUACCAAAUCAAAAGAACACCAUCACAGCUCAAGGAAGGAAAACCCCUGACGAACCAACUGGUUUCUCGAUCCAGUUUUGCAACAUUUCUGCUGAUUCUGAGCUUGUGAACUCUGUGAACUCCACCCACACAUACCUUGGCAGACCCUGGAAACAAUAUUCGAGAACAGUUUUCAUGCAAUCUUACAUGAGUGAUGUGUUGAGCCCAGAAGGAUGGUUGGAGUGGGAUGGGGACUUUGCCUUGGACACGUUGUACUAUGCAGAGUACUUGAAUUAUGGAGCUGGUUCUGGUGUUCGUAAUCGAGUGAAAUGGCCAGGGUACCAUGUCAUGAAUGAUUCUAGCCAGGCUAGUAAUUUCACAGUGUCACAAUUUAUUGAGGGGAAUCUUUGGUUACCUUCAACUGGGGUAGCUUUCACAGCUGGAUUGGAAGAAUGAAAUUCAAACGCUGCCAAUAAUUGUACUUUGCUUAUUCAACGUGUUUUCUAGAUAAAAGAACCAAAUGAAAUGUAGAAAAUGCGGGUGGGUAGGUGCUCAAUUUCAUUGAUUUUUGCUUUGGCUAUUUAA